AUGAAGCGAAAUCGACCAAGCGGGUCUCCGCAACGAAAAAUUAAGAAGGCAAAAGAAAAGUCAGCUGAGGCGAUGUCUGGAUCAAUUUUAAAAUAUGUUGCACCUUCAACAUCUACCGCAGUAGGAGAAAGCGCUGAAGACAUUCAGUCUGUUGAAUCCAGAGGUGAAAUGCCUGAAGUAUCUUCUCAAGAAGCUUCAUAUGUAAAAGCGCAAGAAUUGGAGAAGAUCAUUUUAUCUUCAAGCGGUGAAAGUGAUGUAGAUGAAGGUGAUGCCAGCAGAAGCCUGCAUCAGCAAGACUCUGAUGAUGAUGAUGAAGAAGAAGAAGAGGAGACUGUUCGACUGUCAGUUUAUUCUGAUGUUUCUGUUUGGCCAGUUCCAGUUCCAGAUGUUUUAAGAGUGGACCUUAUUAAGAGGGGAAGUGAACCUUUCCAAAAUAGAGAUGGGCCAUUCAGUCCUGUUGAAAGGCAAGGCGAGAAAUCAAAAGGGAAGAGUCGACAGUUGACCACUGCAUGGUUCUAUAAGGCUCUGCCUAAUGGCGAAAAAAUUCUUAGAACGUGGAUGUUGUACUUACCAUCAAAACAAAGUUUGUUUUGUUUUUUCUGCAGACUUUUUGCUGUUGAUGACAAAGUAACAGGGGCAUCCAGUUUUGUUACUUGGUUUCAAUUGUGGUGGAAGCUGCAUGUCCAUCAAACAACAGUGGACAGAGGGAAAAGGAAAUGGAGGGAUAUUUUGCAUCGCCUUUUGGAUGUAAACUUUGUUUCUGGCUCACCAGAAUCUUCCCUUUCGUGGUCAUAGAGAGACCAUGUCAUCCGCAAACAAAGGCAACUUCCUCGAAUUGGUAGAAUUGCUCUCAAACUAUGAUCCCAUUUUAAAAGAACAUUUCAUGAGGCUGAAACAUGCUGUUGCAUCUGUAAAGAGAAUGACUUCCUAUUUCUCUCCAAAAAUUCAGAACAAAUUAAUUUGUCUUUUGGGAAAUCAUGUGAAGGACAAAAUAGUGGCUGAUUUCAAGAAAGCAAAGUACUUUUGGAUUCUUUUUGACAGCACCCCUGAUGUGUCCCACACUGAUCAGAUGUGUGAAGUGAUCAGAUAUGUUCAUAUUGAAGGGGACCAUGUUGAAGUAAAGGAAUCAUUCUUGGGGUUCUUUCCUGUUGCUGAAAAGACUGCUGCUGAGCUCACAGAAAAUAUCCUGCAACAUCUGGAGGAAGAUGGACUACACAUAAGCCUUUGCCGUGGUCAAGGAUAUGAUAAUGCUGCAACUAUGGCAGGGAUUCAUGGUGGUGUUCAGGCAAAAAUAAAAGAGAUUAAUCCCAAGGCUUUGUUUAUGCCAUGUGCUAACCAUUCCCUGAACCUAUUUGGGUUGCACUCAUUUGGAAGUGUUGUUUCCUGUGUGACCUUUUUUGGAACAUUGGAGAGAGUGUAUUCCUUUUUUUCGGUUUCUACACAUCGUUGGGAAUUGCUGAUGGAAAAUGUAGGUGUGACAGUGAAAAGACUUUCCCAAACAAGAUGGAGCGCUCAUUAUGAUGCUGUGAAGCCAGUGAGGGCAAAUUUUGAAAAACUGACUUCAGCCCUUGAAAAAUUCUGUAAUCCCAAAGAAAAUGUGGCCACAAGAGGAUCGGCUCAGAUGUUGCAGUCUGCCGUAUGUGAUUUUUCUUUUUUGUGUUACCUUUCUUUCUGGUGUGAAGUUCUAGAAGAAGUUAAUAUAACACAGAAAUAUUUGCAAACUGUGGGACUCACUCUUGAAAAGUGCAUUGUGAAACUACAAGGUUUGAAAGCGUUUCUAGCAGAUCAGCGCAGUGAAAUUGUGGAGAAGGCCAUUUGUUAUGCAACUACUACGUGUAAAGAAAUGGACAUUUCAAAGGAAAGAAGAGGGAGAGUAAAGCUCCGUAAAACAAUGCCAGGAGAGAAGGCAAAGGAUGCUGGUCUCACAUUGCCAGAGGAAAUGAAAAGGGCUAUGUUUGAGUGCCUUGAUCGUUUUCAUCACGCGUUGGAAAUUUGUUCUCAGGCAAUUGAAAAAAUCAUUUCAAUGUUUGCUGUUAUUCAGCCAAGCUCUCUGGUUGUGGCAACAGAGAAAGAUAUUCAUAAUUAUAUUCCAAAAUUGACUGAUAUUUUUGACGAAUUCUCUAAUGGAGACAUCUUUAGGGAAAUUGAACGUCUUCGGAGGCAUUUGGAAGCUGCCAAGAUCAGUGUUGAAGAAGCAAAGAAAUGGAUGGCAUUGCAGUUCAUUGUUAAAUGGGAUUAUUGUGAAUCUCUGCCAUAUUUGUCACUGUGUUUAAGAUUCUUUUUGACUCUCUGUGUGUCUAUUGCUUCAUGUGAAAAGUUUUUCCAAAUUAAAAUUGAUAAAAAAUUUCUCUCUCUCAACCAUGAGUGA